GCCCACCGACGGUCUGCCGACCUGCCCAGCUCUCGCGUGCGCCAUGUCUGGUUCCUCCAGCGUCGCUGCUAUGAAGAAAGUGGUUCAACAGUUCCGGCUGGAGGCCGGGCUCAACCGCGUGAAGGUUUCCCAGGCAGCUGCAGAUUUGAAACAAUUCUGUCUGCAGAAUGCUCAACAUGAUCCCCUGCUGACUGGAGUAUCUUCAAGUACAAAUCCCUUCAGACCUCAGAAAGUCUGUUCCUUUUUGUAGUAAAACGAAUCUUUGCAAGGUUUUCUAAAUCACUUUUCAUAAACCGGUGAAUAUUCACAGGAAAGCUAAAUUUGAAGCCUGUACAAAAGCCUG